AUGCUAGAGAGAGGGACGUGCAAUACUGCACAGCUCUGUGUCUCUUUUUAUCACUUGCGUUCGCGCGAGAGAGUGUUGGGGCUGUUUCAGCCUGCCGAUGAAAAGAUCUUUUUUGAAAGGUGGGUUCUCUCCGUCUCUCUCUUUCACCACGAGAAUCUCGAUUCUCCUUCUCAAUUGCCAAAAACGUGGAAGCUCGGAGUCAGCGGACUUCCUGUUUCUACAACUGUACGCCAAGUAAACGGGACUCUUGCUGAAGAAUCUUCUCGCUUUAGCGCCGCAGACCACCAUGUCCCAGCGGACCGCCAAACCGAUCUUGACUCACGGGGAGUGGACGCUCCGUCGGGUGUAUGUGCACCUCCCGGUUCUGCAGUCUCGAGCGGAGGAGAGACGUCGACCACUGGAGUCAGUCUGUGUUUACCAGGACAGUCGCCUUCGACAGAAGCAGGCUGUUUGCGGCUUUUCGCUUUGCCUUCGCGAUCAACAGAGCCAGCCUCUCUCGGCUUUUGUUCUGAUGGGCAACCUACCUUACGGGCUGCUCGUCAGCAGGAAGAUAUGCGAGACUCUUGGUUACGCAUGACGCAUGGCAUGUCUGACGAACACGAUGCCGUCAAAGAAAACAAAGGGCGGCAACAGUUCGUAGUGGCAGGACCAAGCAUUGAAAGCAGCAAGGGGACAGGAGAGGUGCAAGAAGCCGUGAACGUGACAGGGGAUUAUAUCCGAGAGCUGUCGCAUGUAGAGACACAAGAAUUUGAGCAACGUGUAUCGCCUUCUUAUUCGUAUUCCCGCUCUCUACCUUUGUCCGCAUCUUUCACCCAGAGUCACCGUGUUGUCUGCUCACUGAUGGGUGUAGACGAUUCAGUAGGAGGGGCUAAUGCAGCAGGCGUAAUUAAGGGGGUUCGAAGGGGGGAGUCCAGCAACGGUAUGCAUGGACAACUAUCUAUUGGAAACGGUGCUAACAGGAGUGUCGGUGCGGAGGAGAGACGUGCAGAUGCUCGUGUUUAUGGCCUGGACACUCCCCUUUUUCCUUCACCUGCUGAGUCUCGGUGGAGCCGCCAGGUAGAGGAGAGAGUCCAUGGCAGUUCGACCUGUUUUUUCCAGAAAAGCGAAAACGUGGAAAAGCAGUUGAAGCUGAAAACUGAAACACGAUGGCUGAGUAGACCACUAGAUAAUUUGCGUGUGCAGAGCCCUGGGUUUUCUUCGAGAAGUGACAUAUUGAUUGAAAGAGGAACUGAACAAGAACACCAGCAAGUUAUUGAGCAUCAGCGCCCCCAGUCGAAGGCCGUUCAUGACGAAACGGGCGCUGAGGAUGUGUGGAGUGCGCGCCUGAACCACAGGGCCCAUUUGGAGCAGGAUGCGGGAAGAAAAGGGAAGCAGACAAAGCGGUGUUCACGAUUUUCGUCUUCCUCCUGGAUGUUGCAAGAGGAACGAGCAGCUCAACGCUGCGUAGAAAGGGCCGUGAGGCAGGCCAUGAUGAAGGUCAUUCAGGUGACCACAGAAAAACAAUGGCAUCUCCCACCUCCUUCGCCCGAAAAUCGAUGUGAGAGUUCAAUGUACAGAUUUGAGAUCAACUUCAGCGGACCGUUCACCGUUUCUGCUGACCACGGAUGGCACCUACACUUACCUGCAGCUCUGCGCUCCGCCUACAGCCGCCACAUGCCGUACCUGACAUAA